GUAGUCUUCUAGCCACAAAAUACGGAAAUGAGAUGACAUGUCAACCAAAUCUCUUAUUCUCCCUCGAAACGGAGAGUAAAAGCCGGCUCAUUUGUACGAGUGUUGUUCAAAUGAGGAGGACUUGCCCUCUUCAUCCUGUGUGUCGCCCAAGAUUGACAUGGCAGCACACGUUUGCUCCCCUUUGCACCUCUUCCUUUUUUUGUGUGCCUUCGUAUUUCUGUCAGUGGUCCUUCUUCCGUCAGUCACACCGUCGCUCCCAUCGACGACCUCUCCCUCUUCUUUGACUCACUCCUCCUGCCGCCCGGGCCAGUCUUGGGCGGUCCGACUCUAUACAGACCCCGGCAGAAAGGAGGAGGAAGACGAUGGCAGGACAUUUGAAAGUCUGGAUACUAUAGCAGAGAGGGUUGCGGAGUUAGCUGGUUUACAAAACCGGGGCCAGAUUGGACAGCUCGAGGGCCACUACUUGCUGUGCUCUUCAAAAACCCAUUCGUCCCUCGUGGAUGACCUGUGGAGAAGAAGCAUUACCCCAGAUGAUGUUCUGGCAUCACACCCUGAUGUUAUGUGGUUCUCAAAGGAAAGACUGCUGAGUCGCUCCAAGCGAUCAAUGGCCUUCAAUGAUCCCCACUAUCCAAAACAGUGGCAUCUGCACAAUGACAUCAAGCCGGGUAUGGACAUCAAUGUGACUGGGGUGUGGGAGCACAACAUCACAGGCGAAGGUGUAACUGUUGUUGUGGUGGAUGACGGGGUGGAACACACACACCUGGACAUUCAGCCGAACUAUAGUCCAGAAGGCAGCUACGACCUGAAUUCCAACGACCCGGACCCCAUGCCUCACCCGGAUCUCCAUAGUGACAACCAUCAUGGAACACGCUGUGCUGGAGAGAUCGCAGCUUUUCCAAACAAUAGCUAUUGUGCUGUGGGUGUGGCUUAUGGCAGUAAAGUGGCAGGUAUAAGGGUCUUGGAUGGCCCCCUGACAGACAGCCUUGAGGCAAUUGCCUUCAACAAACAUUACCAAGUCAAUGACAUCUAUAGUUGCAGUUGGGGUCCUGAUGAUGAUGGUCGCACUGUGGAUGGACCUCAUCCUCUUGGGAAGGCUGCACUGCAACAUGGUGUAAUCGCAGGCAGACGUGGUUUUGGAACCAUCUUUGUGGUUGCUAGUGGCAAUGGUGGUCAAUACAAUGACAACUGCAACUAUGACGGUUAUGCUAACUCCAUCUAUACCAUCACAAUUGGAGCGGUGGACGAGAACGCGGAAAUGCCCUUCUAUGCCGAAGAGUGUGCAUCCAUGUUAGCUGUGACCUUCAGCAGCGGGAGGAACAAGCUGAGGAGCAUCGUGACAUCAGAUUGGUCCAUGCAGCGCGGGACAGGGUGCACAGAGGGUCACACUGGAACGUCUGCCGCAGCUCCGUUAGCUGCUGGAAUGAUCGCCCUCAUGCUGCAGGUCCGGCCCUGUCUCAGCUGGAGGGAUGUCCAGCAUCUGGUCACCUUCACUGCCACCAAGUGUGACAGCAGCGCGGACUGGAGCACAAACGGCGCUGGUUUCCAUCACAGCCACAAGCACGGCUUCGGUCUGAUGAAUGCUUGGAGACUUGUUAAUGCUGCCAAGGUUUGGCAGUCAGUGCCUUUCCUUGUGUCACAUCAGAGCGCUGUCAUCAAAGAGGAAGUAGUCAUUCCGACCUAUCCCGAGGAGCUGGUCCGCACCUGGAAUGUGUUGGCCAGUGACCUGGAAGAGUCCGGGAUGCAAACACUGGAGCAUGUGGCUGUGACUGUGACUAUAACACACCCGUGCCGAGGCAAUGUGGAGAUCGUGUUGUUGUGUCCCAGCGGAAUCCCGUCGGUCAUCGGGGCUCGGCGGGCCGUGGACAGAGAAGCGUCCGGCUACACGGACUGGACCUUCUCCACGGUCCGCUGCUGGGGCGAGAAAGCUGAGGGCGAGUACCGGCUUAAGAUUUCGGACCACAAAGAGCCACUGUUCCAGCAGUGUGCCAAAGCUGGCGUGCUUCAGCAAUGGAAGAUGACUCUCUACGGCUCCGCCAUGACAUUCAAAGAAGUCAAGGAGAGACAGGCCUUGGUGGAGGAGGCGAUGAGUGGCAAGUAUCUGGCCAGCAACUUCUCCCUGCCGUGUCCGCCUGGCUUUGACAUCGCACCAGAGAUCGUCAGCCCUUUCACCUCCAGCAACCUCAAGUUCCUGUUGAUGCUUGGCUGCUUCGCUCUCUUCUGGUCUCUCUACUACACACUGGAGGUCACUUUAGGCCAUGUGGACUUCAGGAGGCUACUGGGAUUUCGAAGAAAGCAUGGAGGUCAUAGGGGAAGAGGAGUGGAGGAGCCGUCGGAGGAAGACGAGGAAAGUGACGGCUGGACGGAGGACAAGGACCAUGACUCACAGAUGGAGCUGCAGACAGUGCUGGACUCUAAUGCCAAAAUGUUGGCCACGUAGCACUCCUGAUAGACCGUGACUCGUCUCAGGCUCUCCCACUCCCUCGUCCCCCUGAAGCUGCAGGAGCCCGACCGGCUUCCCGAGUUCAUGGCCUUAACUAAAACCUGUGGUGUGGCGGGACAGGGUGAUCACGUCUCCCUGACGAACGCUCGUGUGAAGCUGCUUGCAGGAGAGAGUCAAGAUUCUCCACCCAAAGAACGUUGAAAAUGUGAUGUGCACUAUCGAGGAGUGUGAGUUUGCUGUGUGAGGUCCACACUUGUUCUGUCUUUUUAUUUGCGAUAAAAAAAAAUAUUCUACUGCAAAGUACUAUCAAACUGUGGCCAACAAAUUCUUCAUCGAGGCAAAGCUUUUUGUCGAGCUCAGCCAGAAAAAUCUGAGUUGGAAGUCGUGGUAAUUCUACAUAGGAAGAUCUGUAACAGUGCUGAAUAAAUUAACUUUUCAAAGUUCUUUGUAAUGAAACAAUCUUAUGGACAUGUUUGUGAAGGUGAAAUAUCAUAUACUGUACCUUUGUGAACCUUAAGGGUAACAUUCAUGAUACGGAUAUUUAUGAAACACCUAAAGGAAAAAAAAAUUGAGGUGGGUUUUAUAUUUGUUUUUAUGAAGUGCAAUAUACACACACAAUGUGUGCCUACUGUAUGAGCAAUUGACUGUGAUGCUUUUGUAUGAACUGUUUUAUCUGACAGGAAGUUCUACUGUUACUAUUUUUGUAUGCUGAUUGGUGAAGGGGAUCUGUGCUUUGCUGUGCAAGUCACAGGUGAAUAGUUGGCAAUAAAAGACAGCGAGUAUGAA